AUGGAUCGGCAGAAAGCUGUGUGGAUUAUCUUUGUGCUGUCGACUGCUUUAUCUGUGACUGCCGCCGUUUCAAAACCAAGGUGGUCUCCCUUCGCUCAACGGGCGUACUGUUCAUCGCCUGGUGAAGUCCUCUGCAGCAGUGACUGUUCGCAGGUGCAGAUUUGUCUUGGCAACCUGGAAGAUGGAUACGAUCCUUGGCCAAUGAUAACGUGCAGUACGACCAAUGGAAUGAAAUGCAGUGCGGUAAACAGAACGUGCGUCCCAGCGGAGCAGUCUGAUUGUAAGUCAGCUAUGGACCAAUUUCCAUGUAACGCCAUCGGAUCCUACCCUGACCCGUACGACUGUAAGAAGUAUCACGUCUGCCUUAACGUCGGAGAGCCGGCGGACCUGGGAUAUUGCCCUGGUACUGACGAAGCCUAUAACCCUCUCACAGCAGACUGCACACUAACGACGUCAGACCGCGUCUGCACAGAAGGACCCGUCAAGCCCUGCAAUAUGUCACUCGAGGUGGGCGUCGUCCCAGAGAACCAAAACAUCUACUACGUCUGCAAGCCCAAAGGAAACGGUCUCGACCCGGAAAUGUACCGGUGUCCCGCUGGAAUGGUUUUCAACGUAACUCUUUAUUCCUGUGUAGAGCCCUCCAUAACACCAGAACCUACCCAAACGGCUGCUCCACCAGUGACGCCUCCGUCAACGGCUGCACCAACAGAGACGCCUCCGUCAACGGCUGCACCACCAGUGACGCCUCCGUCAACGGCUGCACCACCAGUGACAUCUCCAUCUACUCAGUCUCCACCAUCACCAGGCGGCGAGUGCACUACGCCCGCAGAAUCCACUGCCAACCCAGAAGACUGCCACAGCUUUUACAAGUGCAAUGGCGAAACUUGGGUGCGCAUUGAGUGCAUUUAUGGAUACCACUACGACCCACAAGAAGAGACGUGCAUUUACGGGCCCUGCCCAGGGAGCAGAGGACUAGAACUGCUGAAACAUUUCUAAGGUCUUGUCACCUACGAAGUGUAGAGGUACCCCUGCUUGAGUGAGGCUCCUUUAAUGCUGGGAGUGAAAUGAAAA